AGAGAUUUUCGAGGAGGAAUGGGGUCUAUCAAAUAAUACAUUGCGUAUUUGCCUCGAGGCCUGGUACCAUUUAUUGUAUCCUAUGAUCCUAUAAUAGUGAUAUUACUAAGAGUGCAUGCUGGUGAGGAUGGGAGGCCUGUGCUGCGAGCUGGCGAGCUGAUUGACCUUUUCGCGGUUAAAGUUACAAUACCUGUGGUUUUACACCAAAGAGAGGUUCAAACGGGUGUGUACGUCGCUCUUUCCCGCCAAAAGCAAGUAAGCAACAGAACACACAAGACAGCAACAAUUCGUAAAAUUUAUCUAAUACCUCAUAGGAUUCAUGCCAAAACAAGCCUCUUUAUGGUGUAAAACUACAGGCCUCCCAAGUUUUGUAUUUCUAACCGCGUCAUGGCAUGUGACAACCAUCUCCAUGGUAACCGGCAGAAGGGAGUUGAUCUCCCCUCCGAGGACCUGCUAUAAUCUAUGAACGCGUGAUAAAGAGCGAUCAUCGGAGUCCCAAAUUUGUCGAUUGUAUUCUUUUUACCCAGACAUGUUUUUUUUUCAAUAUUUUAUUAGUAGACAUGUUGACCAUGCAGUCUAAUUGAUUAGAAUCGUGAUGUUUCUCUGCAUUAAUUAAAAUCGUUGAUGAUGUAUCAUGGUAAAUUUAUCAUUGUAAAUGUAUCAUUUUAAAUCCGCUAUGGAAAAUCAUAUCUAUCGCUUUUUAAGCCAAGUACGUGUUACCUAUAGCAAAAAAGGACAUCAACUCGAGAACACGCGAGAAAAAAAAGAAAAACAGAGAAAAUAUAAAACACUUAAGUCUCUCGAGGUAAUUGAAAAAAAUAAUUAAACAUGUCUUUAGGCUGUCCAUCUUAUUAAGAUAAGCAUCAAAAAUAUCAAUUACGCUCGUAUCAGAUUUCGAAAACGGCAGUGUGGCUGAAUGAGUGUACAUCGACGUGCAGCAUGGCGGAGCAGGCGCUGAAAGCGGGUCUCGUCUCCUACGAAGUGAGCCCUGCGUUGGACUCGUACAUCCAUGACUCGGGAGAGUCUAGGAAAUCCGAAUUAUCUCGUGGACGGAGUACAAACCCUGUGCCCAGGGAAGACGCUACUCUUUCAUGGCAGAAUAUCAACGUAUCGGUUAUGGAGGGGAAGGGGAGGUCGGUGUGGCAACGGAUAGUAUGCAAGUCGACUCCUGCCCCCAACGGAAACAUCAAGCACAUACUGAACGAUGUGAAUGGAACUGUCAAGCCAGGAUCCCUGCUGGCCAUCAUGGGCGCAAGUGGAGCUGGAAAGUCAACCCUCAUGAACGUAUUGGCGCAUCGUAACAUUGCCGACAUGCAGGUGUCCGGGACAGUCAUGGUCAAUGAGCGAAAAGUCGGACUGGACAUCAACACCAUCUCUGCCUACGUGCAGCAAGAGGACUUGUUCAUUGGCAAACUGACAGUCAGGGAGCACUUGGUAUUCCAGGCACUUCUUAGACUGGAUAAGGAUCUCUCUCUUCAAGAACGUCUUUACCGAGUGGAUCAGAUUAUCGGCGAGGUUGGACUUCGCCGAUGUGCCGAUACAAUGAUCGGGAUUCCAGGGCGCAUGCGUGGCAUCUCGGGUGGAGAGAAGAAGAGGUUGUCAUUCGCGUCAGAAGUUCUCACCGACCCGGCCAUACUGUUUGCUGAUGAGCCUACCUCUGGUUUAGACGCGUUCAUGGCCCAGACCGUUAUCACAACUUUGCAGAAGAUGGCUGCACAGGGUCGGACUGUAGUAUGUACCAUUCAUCAACCUUCUUCUGAGGUCUUCGCCAUGUUCGAUAGUUUGUUAUUGCUAGCGGAAGGACGCGUUGCCUUUCAUGGACCGACUUUCCAAGCCAUCACUGCAUUCUCUGAUCUUGGCUACUCGUGCCCUCCUAACUUUAACCCAGCCGAUUACUUUGUGCACACUUUGGCAAUUGUGCCUGGAGACGAGGAAAGGUGUCGAGCAAGAAUUAAGGAAAUUUGUGAUGAAUUCGAAGAGAAAAAGUCAUCAAAGAAAAGUCGAAGUGUGACUCCCAGUACAGAGGACUCCUUCCGAGAAGACCCUGAUGUGAUCCGUUCAUCACCAUACAAGGUCGGUUGGACCAGUCAGUUCCGCGCUCUCUUGUGGCGAAGCUGGAUCAGCACCAUUAGGGACCGCUCUAUCGCGCAAAUUCGCUUUAUGGAAAAUAUCUUCCUAGCUGUUGUAGUCGGACUGAUCUACUUCCAAACGACCAUAGACACUGCCGGCGUCCUCAACAUAUCUGGAUCUCUCUUCUUCCUGAUCACUGAGUGCUCGUUUUCCAACCUGUUUUCCACUAUUUUUGUAUUUCCGGCCGAGUUGCCAGUGUUCAUACGCGAGCACAAGAAUGGCAUUUAUCGGACAGACACGUAUUACUUGGCCAAGACGAUUGCUGAGCUUCCAAUGUUCUGCAUCUCGUCAUUCCUGAUAUGUGUUAUCCCGUAUUGGAUGAUAGGUCUGCGAAGUGACGCCGCUCAUUUCUUUAUCUGCUAUGCGGUAUUGCUGCUGGCCACAAAUGUCGCAGUCUCGUAUGGUUAUAUUAUAUCGACCAUUUCCAGCACGAUGCAGAUCGCCUCUUCGAUUGCAUUCCCCAUACAGCUGCCUUUGUAUCUGGUCGGCGGAUUCUAUCUGAAUAUCGGAUCCGUCCCUGUAUAUCUGAUAUGGGUCAAGUAUCUUUCAUGGUUCCAGUAUUCGUUUGAACUCCUUCAUAUUAACCAAUGGAAAGGGUAUGGUGUGAUAGAUAAUUGCGCACAAAUAGCAAAUAACAGAACAGAGAGCACCGGGUGCAUCCCAAAUGGUGAAGCGGCCUUAGAGUUCCUAGGAGUAAAUCAGGCGAACCUUCUGACCGACAUCUACGCUCUGAUUUUGCUGAUUUUUGCCUUUCGCUUCAUCGCGUUUUUGGCUCUACUGAGGAGAGCUUACCAGAAGCAGUAAUGACACCACACUCCCUCCCCUCCCCCCUCUUUAUCUUGAUGCGACCACGGGAGGGGGGGGGGGGGGUAAGGAAAGCUUACCAGAAGCACUAACACCACACUCCCUCCCCUCCCCCUCUUUACCUUGAUGCGACCACGGGAGGGGGGGGGAGGAUAACAUAAAAGUGCUCCAUCCCCACCCCCAUCCCCUACUUUUUACUUGAUUCAUAGGAGUGAGGCGAAAGACCCAGGAUUUCAGCCUUCGAUUGGUCGACCGUGAUUUCUAGACGUCUGGUAACCCAAAAUAAUCCUAUGCUUAUCGUUUAAUUCAAUUGGUCCCUAUUUGAAAACUAGGUACUAGUUUUUUGUUUUGAAAAUAUCCAAACGCUUUUUUUUAAAUUCCAAUAUCUAAAAAAAUCCUGAUUUGCGAUAAGUUAUGUAAAUGUCGUUUUGGCCAAUCACAGCGCAUGUAUGAUCUCGUCUAUUUCAUAAUCACAGGAUACCCAAGCUCACUGUAUGUAUGAAUAAUAUAAGAAUAUGUUAACAUUA